UAUUGUCUGUACUGAACGACCUAAAGUGGUUCAAUUAAUUGUUGUCGAUUCAGUAUACGUAGGUAUGUCUGACACACUCGAAAAAGUUGUUCGUGAAAUGCAUAAUGUUUGCGAUCAAACGUCAUGUUAUUUACGCAAAUUACUGGCGUUCGCUGAAUUACAAUGACUGUUGAAGUUUUUAAAACCAAAACGAAAGACAGACAGAAAGAAGGGAGGAAGGAAAAAAACAAAAUCUGACUCUUGUGCGAUCGAUGAAAUUGGAAGCAGAAAAAAAAACAACAAUAACUGUUCUAUUAUAAUCUUUUGAACACAACAAUUCAUAUUUUGGCUCAUUACAAGGUGUGCACCGACUGUACUUCGAGUUGGUGCAAGUCGAAGAACUCACUUGUACAGUAGAACAAAAAAAAAUUAAAAGAAAAAAUAAUGGAAGAGAAUUCGAUUUGAAACUAUGAAAAAAAAACUCAUGCGAGAAAAAGUGGUAAAAGUUAUUGGUUUCGUCUAUAGAUCAAACAUAAAUUGGCCGUGUCAACGUUACUAAAAAUCCAGUGGACGUUUUUUUGUUGUCAUUUUCCAUUUUUCUAUUUUUAAUAGGCUUUUCAUCGUAAAUCUUUUAUCAAAGGCUUUCAGUUUCAGCCUUUCGAUGCAAUAUUAUACACCGUGUAUGCAGACAGUGGAAUACAAAUACGUCAUAUGUGAAAGAGACACAAUGACACAAAUUUCUCUUUGUUUUCUAUUUCUUUAGGAACACAACGGAACAGCCGAAUAUAAUUUCAAGAAGAAUCCAACAGUUUUGGUAUUUUGAAAGUUGAUGACUUCGAUGGGUAUUCUCACAAUUCAUUCACCACCAAAUGGGCGUCAUAUUAAUGGCUAACCGUUUGAUAACUGCGCUGAUAUGUCUUGAUUAAGUCAUUGUGAUUCUAAUACGAAACAUAUAAAUUUGUCAUAAAUCACACGGUUUUUUUUGGAUUCAUUAUUGAUGAAUGAAUAUUUCUUUACCUGCUGAAUAUGAAAUUCACUGAUUUUCUUUCUUUGCUGUUGACAAUGUGUCGAAACGAAAGAAGCAAAUGCACCGAAAAGAAAUUCCGGACAAAUUUCGAUUUUGGAGAAAUCAUAAUUAGGCCAAUUGACCAAUUUUAAUGAUAUACUUUAAUCAAGUGCUACACUACCGACUGCCGCAUUGUGUGUAUGCGUGUGUGAUUUGAAUAUCUAACGAGAUGAAAGCAAAACCUAAAAUGAUUUAAAACCUUGGCACACUCGAUAUUAAACCGUUUUCAUUUUGUAUUUUGUUGCGUGAUAAAAAGAAUGUACCGAAUAUCAUAUUAUCUCAUUCAAACGUGUGGACUGUGAAUGUGGCGCUUAGUGUUUUUUCUCAUAUUCAUAUUGCAGCAAGCAACAGAAGAACGUAACGCAAAGAAGAAAAUAGACGCGCUUUCGAGUUUUUGUGUGCCGGAAUUGAUACUCUUCGCUUAGUCAGUCGACUGAUGAACGUUAAACACUUCAAUCGUGGAAAUCUGAUCGCGAGUCGCUCAACGUCAAAAUAUUCAAACAAGUGUAUAAAUAUGAAGAUACCAUUCGUUCUGGAAUUGCUGUUCAUCAGCGCGCUCAUCGCGUUCGUUUCAUCAAAGAAUGUCAAUAGACGAAUAGCUCGCAUCGAUCCAAUUCCUGAAACAACUACUCUCAAAGUAAAUAUUUCAUCGGCCGAAAAUUCCGUUCGUCAAGAUGAUGUCAGCCAAGAUAUUCAAAUUGUUCAAGAAUUGACUGAUUCGCAAGAAGCUGUCAUCGCUCCAGUUGAGGCUGAUACCAAUCCCAGCGCCGAUGUGGUGAAACCCAUUUCAGCCGAAAAUAAUGAAAUCGAACCCAAACCAAGCACCGAAAAACCAUUGAACGAAAAUGAUCCAAAUCCAAUCAACAAAUUCUGCUCAUGCUCAUCAGCGACAUGCAAGUGUUGCCGCGACUUCAACAUUCCGUUUAUUCCAAUUCGUGGACCUGGCUGCGCUACUGUCCGUUAUUUGGAUAAUGAUCGUUUGUCGAUUGGCAUCAAAUAUGGUGACUUAGUUUUGGCUUCGCGUACGGUUGAUAGCCGAAGACCAACACCUAUUUGCCUUCCAUUGCCCGGUGGAUAUAAUCGUUUCUGCGGCCGCGUAUAUGGUAUUUCACGACAAGAUGAAAACUUCAAAGCAUGUUUGGGAUUGGAAUUGCGAGCUGAUGAUGACGUUGAAGCAUCACUUCGGGUGUCAUGUUUCCAAUUCGGACCAAAAGGCUUAGCAACAAUGGAAGCAGAGCCAUUGCCACCAAAUAUCACCGAUGACGAUGAAGACGAGGAUGAUGAUGAUGACGACGACGAUGAUCCAUUGGGCAUUGGCGAACUUGCCGGUGGUGAUGAUGAUGAUGACGAUGAUGAUGAUUCGGAAGAAGCACCAGGCCCAGGUGGAUUCGUUGGGGAUGUUUUGGGUGGUAUCUUAGGCGGUGGCGGUGGAGGCGAUGAUGACGACGACGAUGACUUUGGAUUGACACGUCUUUUUGGUAGCGCUGGAAAUUUCGUUUCGGAAUUCCUCGGUGGCAACAGCAAUGAAAAGAAAAAGCCAAACGAAGGUAUCAAUAUCAACCGACGAAAUGAUGAAAAGCCUAAAAAGAAGCUUGAAAUCGUCAAAAAGACACCGAAAAACUCGGCAAGCAAAUUAAAAGCCGAAGCUGACGAUCAAAAUGAUGCUUCAAUCAUGGGAACAAUAGAAGAAACCAUUGAAGAGUUGGCCGCCGACGAUGAGGAGCAACCAACCGAUAGCCCAACAGAAAAGGUUGAACCUACCGAAGCCGAACAUGAGGAGAGUGAUGAAGUUGACGGUGCUGAUGGAGCUGAUAAAGAUUACGAAGAGGAUGAGGAUGAUGACUAUGAAGAAGACUACAAUGAAGUGAAAACUGAAAAGAACAAAGCCACAGAAGCGAAACCAGUCAAAAAGAAGAAAGCAACUAGUUCGUUUGGUUUCGGUUAUUUUGGAAGAUUUUUCAAAAUCUUCUCUUAAACAGAUAGCAAUCUAGGGUUUAUUGUAAAAAAAAAUGUAUAGUCGCAUUAGAUGUAAAAGAAAAACAAUCGACACAUGACUCCGUACUUUUAAAUUUAAUAAUUUAUUUAUUUAUUUAUUCGAACAUGUUCACUCUACUUUUAUACAAACAAUUAGACUGUACAUAAAUGUUCUUUUAUAAAAACAAAUCGGCAAUUCGAUAUCAAAAAAAAAAAUAAUGGAAAAACUGAAAUAUGUUACCUAAUCUGCUAUGAUAUAAUUCACAUAAAUGUUAAACAGAUACAUUUUCAAACGUUCACGACACGACUAUCAAUUAAUAACGAGAAGAAAAAAAACAGUGCAAAAUAGUUAUUCAUUGGAACUUUUUGUAGAGUAAAAAAUUGUAACAGAAACAUAAUAAAUAGUCAAAAAGUUAAAG